UGCUGCCGACGGCUCGACGCUGACUGGCAGAAGAAGACUUCAACGGAGAAAAAGAGGAAUAAAAUGACAGGGCGCGCAAAAAGAAAACCCAAAGCCGUUCAGGAAAAAGGCACAAAUAAUGGAGAGGUGAAGAAAGCCCGAAGUGAAGAAUCCAAUGAUGUGCCGCCAUCGGGAGUGAAAUCGGAGCAACGUGAUGAGCUGAUGCAGUUGUACAGUUUUCAAAUGCCAGAAGAUCUGUACCACUUCUGGGAAUUCUGCAGCGAGCUUUGCACUGACAACCCCUGUGGUGCUCUGAAAGACUCGCUGGGAUUGCAGCUAGUUGGACCAUUUGAUAUUUUGGCAGGAGCUCACAAAAACUCCAAGAAUUCCCAGCCGAACUUCCACCUUCACUGGCGAUAUUUUUAUGACCCACCAGAGUUUCAGACCAUACUCACAGGGAGUGAGGACAGCCAGCAUCACAUUGGUUACUACAGAGAUACUCCAGACUCCCUCCCUUCGUUUGUUGGGGAAAAUGAAGCCAAGAAGGGCUGUGCUAUAACACAGAUGGGGGACAACGUGUUUGCUGCGGUCCACCUGUAUCUGCUGAGGAAGAGGAAAGAGAGGGGCAGUAAGAAAACUGGGGAUGAGGCGUUGGAAACCUUGGAGGCAAAGCUGAGAGACAAAGCACAGACUCUGGGCUUUUCUCUAGAGCAGAAGACCAAAGACAUGAAGCAGAGAGACAAGAAGGUCGUAACAAAGACAUUCCACGGCGCGGGCAUUGUUGUACCUGUAGACAAGAAUGAUGUUGGAUACAGGGAACUUCCAGAAACAGAUGCUGGUCUCAAGAAAAUUUGUAAAGCCAUUGUUGAAGCACGGACCGAUGAAGAACGCGUCAAAGCUUUUGGACCGAUCCAGGAAAUGAUAACAUUUGUUCAGUUUGCUAAUGAUGAGUGCGAUUAUGGCAUGGGUUAUGAACUGGGAAUAGACCUCUUCUGUUAUGGAUCUCAUUACUUCCACAAGGUUAUCAAGCAACUUUUGCCCAUGGCUUACAGCUUACUGAAAAGGAACUUGUUUGGGGAAAUUUUGGAGGCCCAUCUGUCAAGUCGUAGCCAUGACAACAUAGACCAACUCUCUCCACAUUAAAACAAAAAAAUAUUCAGAAGUACAUUUCUGUUCUGGCUCUUUAUAAGCUUUCCCACCAUGUGUUCUUGUCUUCUGUUGUUUGUCAUUGCCGAUAUUUUUGGUGGAUUUGUGCUGCUGUCACUAACUGGAAACAGUUCAGUGAUGUCUUGUUUGUAAAAGGUAGCUGUUAAAUAAAGCUUUUUUUAAAUAUA